AUGGCAUAUCAAGUUGCAGUAAUAUUAGAUACAACUUCUUCUAUUGAGUCUGGACAAGGAAGCCCAGUUAGGAAAAAGGAAUUCAAACACAGGCAAUGUAGUCAGAGGCAGCUCCUGCUCCUGCUGUUAGGAGUCUCACAUGAAGACUGCAACUGGAAGGAGAGUAUGGAGGAGGAGGAGCUGCAAUUAGAAUGUAAGGUGAUGAGCCAUCUUGUGGGCUGGGUGUUGCUAUCUGUCUAUAUGUAUAGACUGAAUGCAGAGUUGAUCUCUCAUUUACAUCCUCCAAAAAUAGAUAUUUCUGAUGAUAAGUGUGUCUUUCCGUUCAUCUAUGGUGAUGAACUGUACUACAGUUGUAUCUCCAUCCACAGUGACUUUGAUUGGUGCUCUCUUGACUUUCGUUUCGAAGGAAGGUGGCGUUACUGUACAGCACUGGAUCCUCCAAUGUGCAUCUUCCCUUUCCAAUUCAGAAAAAAGUCCAUUAAUGAAUGCACCAAGGAAGGCUACAGUUUGAACCGCAGUUGGUGUUCACUGACUAACAAUUACAACAAAGAUAAAAAAUGGAAGCAAUGUUCUCCUAACAAGUAA